AUGUCGUCAGAAAAAAAUCCUUCCAAUGCUAUGGUUCCCAAAGAGGUGGAGCUGAUCCUUGUAAAGGAGCAGAAUGGGGUCCAGUUCACUUCCGCCACUCUUGUUGCCCCGACCACAACUUUUUCUAGUGAUGAAGAGGAAAGGGAAACAUGGGGAAAGAAAAUUGAUUUCCUACUAUCAGUAAUUGGAUUCGCAGUGGACCUCGCUAACGUUUGGAGGUUCCCUUACCUCUGUUACAAGAAUGGAGGAGGUGCUUUCUUGGUGCCAUAUUUAUUUUUUAUGGUGAUAGCAGGCAUGCCUCUCUUUUACAUGGAGCUGGCUCUGGGACAGUACAACCGAGAAGGAGCGGCAGGGGUCUGGAAAAUAUGCCCUAUAUUUAAAGGUGUAGGAUUUACAGUGAUCCUGAUUUCCCUCUAUGUUGGCUUCUACUAUAAUGUCAUCAUCUCCUGGGCUCUAUUCUACCUCUUCUCCUCGUUCACUGCCGAGCUCCCCUGGGUGCACUGCAACAACACUUGGAACAGUCCAAACUGCUCUGACUGGGCUGACAACAGCACAAUCAGUGACAUUUACAAGGCCACCCCAGCUCAAGAAUACUUUGAACGAGGGGUGCUCCACAUUCAGGACAGCAAUGGUAUUGAUAAUCUGGGUCGUCCACGUUGGCAGUUGACUUCCUGUCUAGCUGUGGUCAUUAUUCUGCUUUACUUCAGUCUGUGGAAGGGGGUCAAGACAUCUGGAAAGGUUGUGUGGAUCACAGCUACCAUGCCCUAUGUGGUCUUGACUGUGCUGCUCAUCCGAGGAGUCACUCUGCCCGGAGCUAUGGAUGGUAUUAAGGCCUACUUGUCUGUCGACUUCCUGAAACUCUGCGAUGCCAAGGUUUGGAUCGAUGCCGCCACACAAAUCUGUUUCUCACUUGGAGUCGGGUUUGGUGUGCUAAUCGCCUUUUCCAGCUACAACAAAUUCAGUAACAACUGCUACAGGGAUGCCAUCAUCACCAGCUCCAUCAACUCUUUGACCAGCUUCUUCUCUGGAUUUGUUGUCUUCUCCUUCCUUGGCUACAUGUCAUACAAGCACGAUGUAGCUCUGGACAAGGUCGCUCGAGAUGGGGCUGGAUUGGUCUUUGUCAUUUACCCUGAAGCAAUUGCGACAUUACCUGGGUCAUCAGUGUGGGCAGUAAUCUUCUUCAUCAUGCUGUUGACACUUGGCAUUGACAGUGCUAUGGGUGGGAUGGAGUCUGUCAUUACUGGUCUAAUUGAUGAAUUCAAAUGUCUUCACAAGCACAGAGAGCUGUUCACCCUCUUCAUCGUUGUUGCCACGUUCCUCAUCUCACUCUUCUGUGUUACAAAUGGUGGAAUGUACGUGUUUACUCUGUUGGACCACUUUGCAGCAGGGACUUCCAUUUUGUUUGGAGUGCUUAUUGAAGCCAUCGGUAUCGCCUGGUUUUACGGGGUGGACCGUUUCAGUGACGACAUCCAGGAAAUGAUUGGUCAGAGGCCUGGCAGAUACUGGAGGCUUUGUUGGAAAUUUGUCAGCCCGUGCUUCCUCCUGUUUAUGGUGGUAGUGAGCUUUGCAACAUUUAACCCCCCCAGUUAUGGAUCCUACACAUUUCCCCCCUGGGCUAAUGUGAUGGGAUGGUGCCUGGCCAUUUCAUCGAUGACUAUGGUGCCACUUUACGCCAUCUACAAACUUUGUAGCCUACCUGGAAAGUUUUGUGACAGGCUUGCUUAUGCCAUCACUCCAGAGACAGAACAUCAUUUGGUAGACAACGGGGAGGUUCGUCAGUUCACACUUCAUCACUGGCUGGUGGUUUGA